AUGCUGUCCUGCCGUCUCCAUUGCGCCCUAGCCCUGCUCUCCGUCGCCUUGGCGGUGAGUAGCGUCUCCGCGGCGCCCUCGGACCCGAGACUCCGGCAGUUCCUGCAGAAGUCACUGGCUGCGGCAGCGGGCAAACAGGAACUGGCGAAGUACUUUUUGGCAGAAUUGCUCUCAGAACCCAACCAGCCGGACAAUGAAGCCCUGGAGCCCGAGGACCUGUCCCGAGGUGCAGAGCAGGAUGAAGUGAGGCUGGAGUUGGAGCGAUCGGCUAACCCCAACCCCGCCUUGGCGCCCCGAGAACGCAAAGCCGGCUGCAAGAAUUUCUUCUGGAAAACAUUCACCUCCUGUUAG